AUGCCGUCUGGCGGCACAGAGAAUAAGAAGAAUGACAGCCAGCAAAAGACAAGGAGAAGGAGCCGAGGGGGUAGCGCUGAAGCGAAGACGAAUGACUUGUCCGCCGAGGACUGGAACUUCCUGCUGCGUUGGCAGGGACAGCAGGAUGACGGAAACUGGACGCUGGCACUUGCGGAGAGGCUGCUGCCAGUCAGUGAGGCGCGUCAGAGCACAGGCCACGCUGAACCGCGGAGCAGUGCCCCUGCAGGGGAGCCCAGCCCAGCGAGCGCAGGCAGCCUGGAGCAGAAGGAGGCCUCUCUAGGCGAGUACCGCGAGCAGGUGCAGCGCUGGGAGCAGGCCCAGCGCCAAGGGGCGGCACCUGCCGCACAGCUACGAAGCCUGCCAUUCCCAUUCCACUUAGCACAGGGAGCGCCGUCGCCGGCCAACGCCGGCUUGGGAGAGUUACUCAGCAUGGCGCAGCAGGCCUCUGCACAACAAAACCACGCUGCCGCUCCCAGCUGCUGGCCGGGGUCACUGCCUCCGAGCCCAACCAAGGCAGCGGGCCGGCCGAAGAGGGAGACAUCUUCGCCGUGUAGUACAACGGCGCCGCCCAAUCUAGUACCUCCCUGGCUGGGUCAGACCAUCUCCUUCACCACCUGGUUCCAGGGCAGCCGUCAGGAGCAGGAAGGGGACUUGCACGCGCCAGCUCAGCAGUUUCCAUCGCCGGGGGCCUCGCCGGACCCAGCGCGGACGCUGUUCGCCGACGCGCGCGGGGGGAGCGGCAGGCCCGAGCGGCGGCCGGGCCGGCCGCGGCGGCAGCCGCUCGAGAGGGCGCACACGGCCCCAUCGGACGCCGCAGCCGCCUGGCCCGACGCCAGCCGUGGCGCGUCGGACCCGGGGGCGCACCGGGGCAAGCCUAGGGCCGCUCGGCAGGGGCUCAGGGGCGGCAGGGGGGAAGCCGCCGCCGAAGCUUCCCAAGGCGGAACAGAGCUAGAGGCGAUGGCAGGGGUUACCUUGACGCGGGCUGGACGAGUGCGCCUGCCCUCCAAGCGCUCGCUGGAUGCCGCAGAUGAAGAUUUCUUGGACAAUGAUGACAGCCCCACAGGUGCGGACCGCAAGAGCGCAGCGGCGCCGCCCAGCAAGGCGGCGAAGGGAAGCGCGCGCAUCAGCGCCGGUGCCGGCGGCGGCGCUCAGAAACGGCAGCCCGGAGCAGCCGCGUCCUCCGUCUUCAGGGGUGUCUCACGACACAGGCUGACGCAGCGGUGGGAGGCGUCGCUGUGGCUGUCGGGCAAGCAGAUGUACCUGGGCGGCUAUGUGAACGAGGAGGACGCUGCGCGCGCGUACGACCUGGCAGCGCUGGCGUGCAAGGGCCCAUCCGUGCCCACCAACUUUGCCGCGGCCGACUACGAGGGCAACCUGUCCGAGAUCCGCGGCUCCUCCAGGGAGGAGAUAGUGGCAUGGGUGCGGCGGCGCAGCAGCGCGUUCUCGCGCGGCCGGUCGCGCUUCAGGGGGGUUUCGGGCCAGGCCGGCCACUGGGAGGCGCGCAUCGGCACCUUUGGCGAUCGCAAGAACGUGUCCUUCGGCAUACACGAGACUGAGGAGGAAGCAGCGCGCCAGUACGACAGGGCCCUCAUCAUUGAAAAGGGCCGCGCCGCAAAGGCAAAUUUCCCUCUUGGCGUGUACGACGUGGAGGUCGCCAGCUUUGAGAAUUUCGUAGCCAAGAGGUUUGGAGGAUGUACAUCUGCGGCAGCGCGGGCAUUUCUGGCAGAAAUGGCGCUGCCUUUUGAUGAGACAGCCCCCAAUGGAUCCAAGGCUUCUCUGCCGCCGGUCAGGGAGAAGAAUAGGGGAGGGCGGCCGCGCAACAACGCUGCCUCCAUCAUUUAUGCCAGCGCGCUGCAACAGUCACUGGCUGUCAGGGGAAGCGCAGCCGCCCAAACAUAA